AUGAAGACAUGUGAGCAGUGGCAAAUUGAGAGCAUGCCUAACCCUAUAAUCUCAAUUCUGUUUUGUGUUUGCAGGUUCGAUCUUUUGAAGCACAUUCGUUUUGAGCACAAGGUGAAAUCGAUCAGAAGGAAUAGUCGCUUUGCGGAGACGGGACAGUGGGAUGUGGAAUGGCUCGAUAUAAGAACAAACAACACCGCAAUUGAAACAUUUGACGGUGUAAUGGUUUGCACUGGUCACCACACGGAGCCUUACUGGCCGACACCAUUCCCUGGACAGAAAUCCUUCCUUGGAAAACUCGUGCACAGCCAUGACUAUAAGGAUCAUAUGGGUUACGAAGAUCAAACUGUGGUUGUUGUUGGCAUAGGGAACAGUGGAGCAGAUAUUGCCGUGGAGCUCAGCAAAAUAUGCAAAAAGGUGUACUUGGCCACCAGAUCUGGAUCUUGGGUUUUGAAUCGUGUAUGGGACGGAGGAGAACCGGCUGAUCUCGCCUUUCUCAGCAGAUUCAUGUUCGCAUUGAAAUCAGUUACGCCAUGGUCUCUUCAGAAUUACAUUCUAGAGAGAAAGCUGAACAAAAGGUGUUUGUCAACAUCAACUAUUGAGUUAGAAGAAUUUGACCACGGACGAUUUGGACUGAAGCCGCAGCAUCAUGUGUUGUCUGCUCAUGUAACAAUCAAUGACGAACUUCCAAACCGUAUUAUUUCGGGAACUGUCGUUAUUAAGCCCAACAUCGAGUCCUUUACAAGUGAAGGUGUUGUUUUUGAGGACGGGACAGAAGUGCCUAAGGUCGACACUGUGAUUUUUGCCACCGGUUUCUCGUUCGGGUUCCCGCUUGUUGAGGAAGGUCAGCUCAUACCCGUGAAGGAAAAUUACGUCGACUUGUACAAGUAUAUGUAUCCACCACAAUUGUCUCCCAAGGUCAGUCAUGUUAUUCUCUUCAGCACUGCAUACCAUCGUCAAAAGUAA